UGAUUUCCAUCGAAUAAAAAGUAAAUAGCAAAUAAAGCAGAUAUGUAUAACGCGAGCGCCUAAAAUAUUUUUGAAAAAUAAAACUAUCAAAAAAGAACUUCCACACCAGUCACGUCGCGCGCUCUUCAGCAGAAUGGCGUCAAGCGAGCAAACAGCGACAAACACCAAAAAUACUACAGUAGCCAUAACUAACGAUCAGUCAUUAAAGCUGGCAGUAGCCAUUUCUCUUCUCCGAUCAAAGCUACUCCAAAAACAGAAGCCUCCUUUGUCCGGCGAUCCUCCUCCAGAGUCCGACGUUACUCGUUGGAAGCGAAAGGCUAAGGAACGGAAACAACAACUCUUUCGGCUCAGAGAAGAUCUUAAAGAAGCUGAAGAUGCUUCUCGUUGCGAUUUGUCUUCACAAGGUGCUUCGUGUAAAUGUUUUUUUUAUGACAAUUUGGGGAAAUUAAACUCCGAUGGCUCUGAUCAGAGGUUCAACGACGUUCUCCGUCGCCGAUUUCUCAGACAAGUGCGGUUAAAGGGACGGAAGAGAACAGAUGGUUCAAAUCAGAGGCAGCGGUUUCCAGAUUUUAGUAGUGAAGAUGAAGCGGAGCAACUCAGGGCUUCUAUUGAUUUUCUUGUGGACCUGUGUGACACUGCUUCUCCUGUGCAAGAGGCGAAUUUUGCAAACUGGUCACAUCAAGCUGUGGAUUUCAUUUUGGCAACAUUGAGGAACCUCUUAUCAACAGGAAAGAACAUGGACUUCAUUGAAGGAAUUGUCAGCAGCCUAAUUAUGCGAUUGAUUAGAAGGAUGUGUUCCCCUUCGCAACAAGAUGGGCCAUCCAUUGACACUGAUGCCCAGUUCUAUAUUCAACACUUGAUCCGCAAGCUUGGAAGUGAAGCCUACAUUGGGCAACGCUCAUUAUUUUCAGUUUCUCAAAGAAUUUCUGUGGUGGCAGAGACUUUGCUCUUCAUGGAUCCAUUUGAUGAUUCGUUUCCAUACAUUCAUAGGUGUUUGUAUAUUAUGAUCCAGCUUAUUGAGUUUCUGGUAUCAGAUUACUUGAUGACUUGGUUAAAAGAUGAAGGUUUUGACAAUGUACUGUUUGAAGAGUGGGUGAUAUCCCUACUUCAUGCUCGGAAAGGAUUAGGACUUCUGGAAAGCAGAAAUGGACUUUAUGUAUUAUACAUGGAUCGAGUCAUGGGCCAACUGGCUAAACAAGUCUGCCAGGCUUCAUCACUCCAGAAGCUCAACCGAGACAUUCUGGACAGCCUAUUCGGCUGACUACAAAGUGAGUGUGAGCUACAUGCUUAUAGGUAUGUCCUGUAUAUUGUUUCUAAAGCUCUAUUUGCAUUGCCUCGUGGAAAGUACAAGUAUAGAAAGAUCAAAAGAAUACUUGAGAAAGCCUUUAUGUUUUAGCAAUACAUGAAGCCCGAAAUAGCUGGAAAUUUUGAAAUUCCUGCUGUUUUUGAAUAGUAACCAUUGAACUGAAGAUGACUAUUAUGAAGAUUUGAUGCAAUUAGAAUCAAGCAUAUCUCCUUUUUUUUGGUUCCUUUUGACAUGAGUUGUCUCAAUGUCGAAAUGUGAUUUUGGUAUAAAAAAUCAUCCUUUAUUGACUCUUAGGUUUUCUUUUUCUUUUUUUUCUAACUUUAUACCUCUAGUUUUGUUUAGACAUCUUAUUGAUGUUAUUCUGUUAGGUGAAGUAUUAUGUACAAAUCCUGAGGUGAGGACAAUGGUCCCACCUAACAGAGAUGUUUUCUCACUCCACAUUUCUGAUUUAGGACUCUUUUUGCUUUUCGGUAGCAUAGGAAUGACUAGUGACAUUCUUUUCUUUAUAAACGUAGCAUCCUCUUUUAUUCACCGAAAGACAUGGCUGGUCGAAUCCUUCUUUUUGUUUUUUUACUGCCCAUGCACUUGGCCAGGCUGUUGCCGUCACCUUGUUUAUUUUUCAAUAAAAUUUCUGUCCUUAAGGAGCUUUUGUUCGUGCUCAAUACCUAAAUCCGUUGCUUAUUUAGAUUCUCGAGUCUUAAGGUUCCACUACCCUGACCCACCUCAACUACUGCUUAUUAAUAUCUUUACUCCUUAUGGUCCAAGUCGCUAUUGUCCAUUAGAACAUUACAUUACAUAUCCUUUUCUCUAACCUCAUUCCACUUUCCAUUCAUAAAAGGAAAAAUUUCAACUCCAGUUUCGCUUACGAGACAUGGCUCACGGUAGAUAUUUAUUGCCUUUCCUUCUCAUUAUCCUAUUCUUCCUGUCUCAAUCUCUUCCAAGUUCAGCUGAUGUGGGCAUUCUCAAUAAAUUUGAGAAUGCUAUUGCCUCGUCCAUGCUUAGAGAGAGACGAUUAGCAGAAAAUAAACUCAUUUCAUUCCACACAAGAAAGCUUGGGGUUCACAUCAAAAGGAGGGGUCGCUUUACUCCUCGCUCCCGCCCCAAAUCAUCUGCUAUCAGAACCCACAUAUCUUCCUUCCAUGUAAUUGGCUCUGUUCUUAUUUAUUCUCUUUUACUUGGUUCCUUCCUGCUCUAGUUUGUUCAAGAUGGUUCUUUAAACAUUUGAGGGCGAUCGUGAAGCAUCGAUAUUCAAAUUCCAUGAGCUAGUUAUUGUACUUUGAUUUAUGGUUUGUGUUUGUGAAGAAUUUUAAUAAAUGAUUGUAAUACUUUCAUGAUUAUAAAGACUGUUGCAGGGGUGGUAUCCAAUUGAUGUUAAUAUUUGCUAUAGAAGAACCAUAUUACAAUUAAUUAUCUGAGAAUUACUGGUCAUGAUAUUGAUGUAAUCGUCAUCUCCAUGUGCCAAGUGAUGAAGCCACCGUGUCAUAAUGAUGGAUAAUAUAUAUAGUUUUCUCUUUAUUAGAAGGCGACUCGGCUGUGUUUGAUAAAGUUGGUA